GACCAUUUCUUCAAACUGGGUUGAUAUAGAUACCUUUACUUCGGGCUGAGUUGAGUUUGGGAGAUUUAAGUUUCAAACACAAAAAACUAGUAACUUGUUUCACAGGUGUGGGACCAUUACUUCAUCUUGUUGAUAGGGACCUUUUUUCGUGCUGAGAAAGGCUUGUCACUUUUUUAUGAAAACCUGUUUUCUAGCUUCAUCUCAAACGGACGGGCUGGGUUAAUCGUAGCCGAAUCUGAAUCAGUUAAACUCAAGAUAUGCCUCAAAGACGCAAAAAAGAACCAUGUCAAAUGCCUACUUGGCUACCUGAAAACAAGAAAGUUGCAAUUGUUGGAAUCGGUUGUCGUUUCCCAGGGGAAAUUAAUAACGUCAAGGACUUUUGGGAGGUGCUUCUUAAAGGCAUUGACUGUACCAGACCACUACCAGAUGACAGAUUCGAUGUCAACCAUUUUUAUCAUCCUACACCGAAGACUCCAGGCAAGCUGUAUGUGAGAGGAGGGGGCUACCUAGAGCAAGACCUAUUGUCCUUCGAUAGACUGUUUUUUAAGAUGCCUCCAGAUGAAGCAAAUCACAUGGAUCCUCAAGUCCGUCUCCUCUUAGAAGUGGUGUGGGAGGCCUUCGAAGAUGGUGGAAUUCCAGCAAGGUCCAUCCGAGGGACUAACUGCGGUGUUUACAUGGGGGUGACAGCUAGCGAAUACACAACCUUAACAUCUGCAAGAUCUGACGCUAUCAGUCAAUACUCAAACUCUGGCACUAACAGUUGUAUGGUUUCCAAUCGUAUAUCAUACGAGUUUGAUCUCCAUGGACCUAGUUUAUCCAUUGACACAGCUUGUUCCUCUUCAUUGUAUGCUGUUCAUCUAGCUUCAGAAGCCAUCCGAAACGGUGACUGCGACAUGGCAGUGGCAGGGGGGGUCAAUGUUAUAAUGAUGCCAGAAAUCACUAUCGGAUUUUGUCAAGCUGGCAUGCUGGCACCUGAUGGUAGGAGCAAAAGCUUUGAUUCCUCUGCUGAUGGGUACUGUCGAAGUGAAGGGGCUGGGGUAAUUAUUUUAAAAUCAUUGAACAAGGCUGUUGAAGAUGGAGACCGGAUUUAUGCAGUCAUCCGCGGUGGUGCACUCAGCAAUGAUGGCAGAACUCCGGGCAUUGCCAACCCAAGCUAUUCCGCACAAGUCAAUCUUGUAUAUCGUGCUUGUCGUCACGCUAUGAUAAACCCACAAGAUAUACAAUACGUGGAAGCCCAUGGGACUGGUACACAAGUAGGUGAUGCCACUGAAGCCAACGCUCUUGGAAAGACUAUUGGUCAAAUUAAAGAUGCAAAAACCCCACUUUAUAUUGGCUCAGUUAAGUCAAACAUUGGCCAUUGUGAAGGGUCAUCAGGCAUUGCUGGGGUCAUCAAGGUUGCUCUGAUGAUACACAAUGAAUUGAUACCUCCAGUAGUACAUUUCAAGUUGGGCAAUCCAAAAAUAAAGUUCAAAGAACUGAAUAUCAAGGUUCCGAAGGAAUUGAUAAUUUGGCCUUAUGUAGAAGAAAUGCCUUUGAUUGCUGGUUGCAGUUCAUUUGGUUUUGGAGGUGCAAAUGCCCAUGUAAUACUUGAAGCCCCUCCUUCCACCAAUGAUCUACUUCUGCCAGAACAUGAAUCAGGACCACAAAUUAAGGUUGUGUUGAUAUCUGCAGCAACAACUACAGCAUUGUCAUCACGCGUUGACGACUUCAUUGAGUUGUUUCGCAAGAUACAGGAUCAAGAACCAGAGAGAUUCUAUGAUGUGGCAGCUACUACUUGCCUGCGCUCACAUCAUCAUCAACAUCGCCUUGGUGUUCUUGGGAGAGAUGCGUCCGAAAUUUUGCAUUCUUUGGAGACUUUCAAGACACAGAAAGUGGCUGCUGGUUUUGUUUCAGGUGAAGCUGUGGAUUCAAAUACGCAAACACCACUGGUAUUUGUUUUCAAUGGCAUGGGAACACAGUGGUGGGGAAUGGGCCGACAGCUUGUUCACCAGGAACCAACAUUUGCCAAAACAAUCCAGAACUUUGAUACCUGCUUGAAAAGGUGUGGAGCAAAGUGGUCAAUGCAGUGGCUACUAAUGAACAAUCAGGAUGAAGAUUUGAUAAAUCAAACAGAAUAUGCCCAGCCUGCUAUCUGUGCCGUUCAGAUAGGUCUUGUUGAAGUCUUGCGGAAAUUUGGUGUCCGGCCAGAUGCUGUGGUAGGUCACAGUGUAGGAGAAGUGGCUGCAGCUUAUGCAUCAGGUAUGCUAUCAUUUGACAGUGCUGUGCUGAUUAUUUACAACCGUGGCAAGCUAUUGAAGAAAACCAGCGGCAGUGGGAAAAUGCUAGCUGUGUUACACAAUACAGAUGCAGCUCAAGCAAAAUUGAAUGAAAGCAAGCAUUCUGUAUAUAUUGAUGUGGCAGCCAUCAACAGUCCUUCACAAGUAGUUUUCUCAGGCUCAGCAUCCUCAGUCGAUGCCCUAGCUGAAAUGUUUAACCAAGAAGGGAUUCGAGCUGUUCAGUUGAAAGUAAACAAUGCAUUUCAUAGCUACCAACAAGAGCCACUGAAAGAGAAAUUCCUCCAAAAGAUGAAACCACUAGCAAAACAAGAGGUGGUCAAUGCUGUCCAAGUUCCUAUGAUUUCCACUGUUACCAACAAUUACAAUCAUUACGCAGAUGUAAAUGAUGGCAUGUAUUGGUGGAAAAAUGUUAGACAACAAGUCAAAUUCCAAAGUGCUGUGGACACUCUUCUUGAUGAAGGCUAUUCCAUUUUUGUUGAGAUUGGUGCUCAUCCGGCUCUUAGAGGUCCAAUUAAAGAUAUCAUUGGAGCAAGAGCAGACAAGCCAGUGAAAGUAGUGGUAUUAGAGACACUUAAAAGACCUACAGCUUCAUCACCAAUCUUAGAAGAUUUGAAAAAUGUUGUGAAGACCUUGACUUCCCUCCACUGUGAAGGAUACCCUGUCCAAUAUGAAGCCAUGUUUCCAUCUGCUUACAAAGUGAUGCAUUUACCCCUCUACCCUUGGGAACGUAUCACUUGCAGUGGAAUAACAGAUUUUGUGAGAAGAGAAUACCUUUUUCCUGUCCAUAGCCAUCCAUUAUUGGGAGAAAUGCAAGAAGAUGUCAGCAUGCAUAACAAUGACCCCCCCUUCCAAUUCCACUGGAAAAGCAAGAUUUCAAGAAUAAACACACCCUGGGUGAGUCACCACAUAAUCCAAGGCAGCGUCAUCCUCCCUGGUACAGCCUACAUAGAAACAGCAUUGGAAGCUGUCAAUGCAGUGCGCCAAAAAAGAGAAACUAUAACACUGGAAGAUGUGGAAUUGAAACGCUUUCUCUUCCCCAAAAAUGGAGAAGCAACUAUACAUACGAUCUUUCAAGAAAAUGAUCCGACAACAAAUAUCAAAAUAUGUAGUGGUGACCAGAGUGACUACAUAGAGCAUGUCAGCUGUAAAGUUGUGGCUUUGGAAGAAGAUGAAUUCAAGACUCAAGAGGUAGAUAUUGUGAGGGAAGCAUUUACUCUUCCUCAAGGAAAACUGGAACAUAUACAAGACUCUCUUGAGUUACACUAUAGUUCUGAAGAAUUUUACAGCAAUCUGGCUGUUGGUGAAAUCCAACUAGGAUCAGCCUUCAGAGCAAUUCAACAGGCAUCCUUUAACAAAAGCUUCACAAAGUGCCUAAUUCAUACAGAAGCGCCAGAUGAAAUUUGGAAAGAAUUCAUGCUGUACAACUUUCAUCCAGCUUUCCUUGAUUGCAUGAUGCAGAGCUUUGCUGUUCUCCACUUGCUCCGUACUAAUUCUCCAGCAUUCCCAUCUUCAUUGAAGCGCUUUACUUACUAUAGCAAGAAAACACCCAAAAGGGUAGCUGUAUACAUCAAAAUGCUGAGUGCCACUGAUGAGGAUCAAAAUGAGGUUUUGGCAAUUGAUGCAGAUUCUGGAAUUGUAUGCUGUAGGAUAGACAACCUGUCCUUUCAGUCAUUAGAAGGGGAGCAUUCUAAGGAUCCAAUGAAGGUGUGGAGCAUCUUCUGGGUUGAAGCGGCAUUACCCAAACAGAAUGAAAAGAAAGGAGAGGCAUCCCCGGUAUUCUACUUAACCAGUGACAACAAGGAAGAUUUGACUGUUCUACAGAGUUCACUGAAAAAGCUACACAGAGUAGUGAAAAUACUUGACCUCCAAGAUGAAAGAAAACUGAAUGUGGAUGAUAUUGUCCUGAUACUCAUUUCCCAAAAUGAGAGUCAUAUUUCUGGGCCAACAAUUACAACAAAAGAAGAUGUGUGGAAGCUUAUAAAGAGCAGUUCAUCUUUUGCAAGAGAUGUUAUCCUUGGCAUUUUAAAUCUUGGAGAUGUAUUGCCAAAGCUAUGGAUCAUUACUGUCAAGGGUUUUCAGGUAUCAGAAGGAGAUCAAGUAUCACCUUUCACUGCCUCUACCUUUGCAGUUGGCCUGAGUACACUCCAUGAGUACCCUAGUGCCAGGGUUUACAUGGUAGAUAUUUCGAGCUUGAGUGACAUCUCAACACCUGAAACUGAGCUCAUGAACCUACUCUGUUUUCCGCCUUUCGGGGAAAAUGAAUUUGCGCUUCGCCCUAAAACAGCACACUCACUACAGUUAUUUGUGAGAAGAACUAAGUUCCAAUCACCUUUGACGAGAAGACAUCCCAUUGUUUCUCACCAGUUCAGGCUGCACCAAAACAAGGCAAAGCAGAUAAAAUAUGUGUAUGAAGGAGAUACAAUCACAGAUGUACAACCUGAUAACUCUUUCCGGAUAUCCAUUGAGCACUUUAUUGCAGAUGGCUACUUUGAUGAUGACCCACACUUCAUUUGCACAGGACAUGUAAUACAAAGCAAAGGCAGUGAAGCUAAUUUACAAGAUGGGCAAACUGUUAUUGCAGUUUUUAAGGGAUGUCUCAAAUCUGAAACUUUGAUCCCUCAAGAAAAUGUCAUGCCACUGGGAAAUUUCGAGACCUCUCACGCUGCAUUGCUCUCUCUAGUGAAUGAUGCUAUAGCAAGUGUAAUUAUGGUCUACUCUGCCAAAUCUGUCCGAGAAGAUGAUAGAGUGCUGGUUUGUACUUGUGAAGAAUCCAGAAAAGGAUUGGUCACUGCACAGAUUCUCAAAACCUUAGGGUGUAAUGUUACCAUUUUAAGCUACCAGUGUAAUAAUGACUGCCCAGAUCAUGAAAAACUGCCAUGUGGACAAAGAAUCAGCAAUUUUAUGGAAGAUGAAGAGGUUCUCCAAGAAGAUGCUUUGCAGAAUAUUGGAAAGUUCAAUGCUGUUGUUGCAACUGGCCAGUAUCUGAUAAACAAGAAAGGAUAUUUCCAGUGCCUUGAUUGCCUCUGUGAUUUUGGUGUGUUUGUUGUUUUCACUCAGACCCCAUUAAAGCUCAGGAAUUUUAAUGGCAUUCGUGAAAACGUCCAGUUUCUACCAAUUAGUGCUGGGGUGAAACAACUCCUCAAAACACCACAAUAUCUUGCUGAGACAUUGAAGUUUGUUGAUGCAUUAUCUAACAAAUUGUGUCAUUUACCAACCAUAGGCCAUGCUUUGCCAGCUUCAAAAAUUGAAAACAAAUAUCUGCAGGAAUGCAUGGGUAGGGUGAUUCAUCUUGAUAGACCUAGUAUGGGAAUGGUAUCUACCUUUUCAGAAGACACCUACAAGCCUAAUCCAGAAAUGACACAGUGUAUCACUGGGGGUGCAAAGGGUAUGGGUCUGAAAAUUGUGAGAUGGCUUAUCAGAAGAGGGUCGAAACAUGUUGUCAUACUUACUCGAAGUAAUCCAACAACUGCAAACCAAAGUGUCCUUGAUCAGCUUGGUAAAAAUGCAGACAUUAAACUGUAUAUAUGUGAUGUCAGCGAUGCCAGUGCUGUAGAUGUUGUGUUUUCAGAGAUAGUGGAAACUCAACCCCCAGUGGAAAACAUUUUUCACUGUGCAACAGUUUACUUGGAUAAUUGGAUGACCAACAUGUCUGAGAAAGACUGGGAGGCAGUAAUGUUACCAAAGGCAUAUGGAGCUGUUUUAUUACAUCAAAUUUCAUUAAAAUAUGUCCUACCUCUGGCAAAUUUUGUGAUGAUGUCAUCUUUAGUGGCUUUGAUAGGAAAUGCUGGACAAAGCAACUACGCCACAGCAAACUCUGUGUUGGUGUCAUUAGUAGAGAUGCGAAGAAGUAUGGGACUGCCUGCCACUGCUGUAAGUUUUGGAGUAAUAUCAGAGGCAGGGUUUGCAGCUGACAACAAUUUAGUGUCAGUAUGGCAGGAGAAAGGCAUAGGACACAUUUCUCCAUCCCAAACAACAGCAGUUUUAGGAACAAUGCUUGAGCUUCAGUACAGUCACUUAGGUGUCACCGGUCAUUUUGACGAAGCAGUAUAUGCACGUAAACAUCGUUCAUUUAUCACAAAAGGUGCAGUAGAAGGUGAUGUAACAUUAUCGAGGUUGCAAGACUUGUUUAGCAAGAAAACAUUGCAAGAACUCGCAGUUGGCAAAUAUUCACGAUCUCAUCAAACAGAAAGUAGCAUUAAGGAAAAGCUUGAAAAUUAUCUGUCGCAGACCUUAGGUAUAGUUGACAUCAGUGAAGACACAUCUCCAGUUGAAAUGGGACUUGACUCCUUGAUGGCAACAGAGCUAAGAGCAUUCAUUGAUAAUGAAUUCAAUGUAUCAAUUCCACCAGUAGACCUUCUAAACAGCAGCACUACCGUUGCACAGUUAGUUUCCACAAUCUGCAAGCAACUGCAUUCCAAAGGAGAUAAUGCAUCAACAGAGGUUGUCAAGGGUUCUGACCAAUCCAAAGAGGCAAAAACUUCUUUCUUCAUCACGGAGAAAAUUCUGGAAAAUCCAAAGUUCCAGCUUUUUUGUUUCCCUCCAUCAGGUGGGGGACUGACAUCAUUUAAUGGGUGGCAAAAAUAUUUUUCAAAAUUUCACACUCAGGUCUAUGUGGCCCAGCUGCCUGGCUGGGAAGGAAGACGCUUGGAGAAACCUAUGAAGAAUAUGUCAGAGGUCAUUGGUAUAUUAGCUCGUGAAAUGAGACCACUUUUGAAGCAUGGGAAGUUUGCCUUCUAUGGUCAUAGUUUUGGAGCCCUUUUGUCCUUUGAACUGGCACACUUUUUGAAUGAGCAAGGGGUUCUUCCAGCACACCUUUUUAUGGGAGCAUGGAUUGCACCACAAAUACCAUACAAAGAAACCCCUACUUUCAGAAAUAAAAUCCUAGACGGCAACAUGGACAAUGUGAAUUUUGUGAAAGAGGCACAGCAGCUAACAUUUUUGGAUGGGAAAAUCAUCAACAAUCCUAUGAUCCUUCGACAGUUUGUCCCUGUUCUCAGAGCAACUCAUGAAAUGAGCAAGAAUUACGAAUAUGCACCCUCAGCCAAACUCCCCUGCCCCCUGAAGAUAUAUGGUGGAAAAAAUGAUGCAUUUGUUGCAAGGGAAAAGCUAACUGCUUGGGAAGAUAUACGUCACAAGGAUUUCAGCUUUGGUAUAAAAAUGUUCAACAGCGGACAUUUAUUUCUCCAUGACAUUCACAUUCGGGCUCUACUAACCAAAGACAUUGCAAAAACACUGCACUUUGUUUAAUACACCUAGUUUGUCACAUGUAGGACUUGUGUAAAUUUGAACUACACAUGAAGUAUUAUUUGGAAGAGAAGUAUGAAGAGCUUACAAGUUUAAGAGCUUCUGGCAAUGUUAAUGAGAAGACGGUGAACUCUGAGCUAUGUCAGUAUCAUUUACAGGAAUGUAGGCUGGGGGAGGAGGGGGGUACAGUUAGCAUCGAGAUAAAUGCCAUAGGCUAAACAAAUAACCUGUUUGCAGGUGUUGUACCUAGGCAUUUAACUACCCCCUUCCCCUCCCCCAGUAUUUUGUAUUUUUUGUUUUUGUGAUUUUCAGGUGUAAUAUAAGUAGCCAGGAUCAAAUUUGUAUCAUGUUUUUCUUCACUAAAAGAUUACACGACUACAAUAUAAUACAAUUAGUGAAGUGUUUUACCUAUAAUAUAGUAAGUGUAUAAUGUGGAAAGAAGAGUAGAGAAGAGAAAAUGGUUGAUAGAUUAUAAUUAUUAUAUAUAUACUUAUAAUAGGACAUUUUACAACAUCUAAAUGUAUAAACUUAAAGAGAGAACAGUGUGUUAAAGAUAGAUUUAUUACUCAGAGAUUUGUUGGAAUCCCUCAGGCUUAGUAUGGAAUAUGACCUUUUUGCAUAUUGACACAUGCAUCACUGGAUUACUUCUUGUGAGAUUCCAUUCCACUCCUCCAGGAGUACCUCCAGCUGGUGCCUGUUUAUAUAAUUAGGAGAUGGAUUCCUUUACAUGGUCUGUCUGCCCAAAAAGACCUGGUCCCUAGGUAUUGCAGGCAGAUGUGCAUAUCUUGGUAUAGGGUACAUGUAGUUGGACUUGUGAAUAUGCUUAAGAUUAGGCAAUAAGCAUUAUCCUCUUUGAAUCUGGGAACAUUCUCAGCACUGUAACAGCAAUGGUAUGAGGACCCUUUUUUAUGACCAUCCUGACCCCCACAAUAGAUUAAAUAACCCUUUAUAAUAAACCCCCCAGGAGUUGGGCACAAUGGGCUCACGUCAU